CGAGUGUUUCGGUCCGGGAGAUGUAAUUUUACCGUGAAAUACGCGAGAUCUCGGUGUCUUUAAGUACAAAUGAAGCGAAAAGUCCCGGCGACUCUACAAAACUACCCUUUUUGGGUCAAAACCGUGGCGGUUUCAUUUUCGCUAUCUGGGCCUAUUGGGAGAAAAAGAGGCUCCUCGGAAAAGCCUGUGCCUUGAGCCCGGCCUUGGGGAGAGGGAGAGCGUACCGUAAAAACGGGAGGAUGCUGAGGACUGCUUUUCUUGGGUUUGUCUUCCUUUGGGCUGGUUUUGAACCAAGCUCUGCCAAGAGAUGCUCCAGAUUUUUCUGUUCAAGAAAUGCCCAUCUGAGCAGACCAGCUGGACCUGUCCCAGGGCAGCCUCUGUUUCUCACACCUUAUCUGGAAGCGGGGAAUAUUGAUGAAGCCAGGACGUUGAGUUUAGUGGGCCCUCUCCCUGGAACAAAUGUGAAAAGCUACUCUGGGUACCUCACAGUCAAUAAGACCUACAACAGCAACCUCUUCUUUUGGUUUUUUCCUGCCAAGGUAAGCCCUGAGACUGCACCAGUGUUGUUAUGGCUUCAGGGUGGUCCAGGAGGUACCUCAAUGUUUGGGCUAUUUGUUGAACAUGGUCCUUAUGUUGUAUACAAAAACUUGACAGUGGGUAUAAGGAGCUUUCCAUGGACCGACAAGUAUUCGAUGCUCUACAUUGAUAACCCAGUUGGCACUGGGUUCAGCUUCACAGACGAUGAUAAAGGUUUUGCACGGAAUCAGGAUGACGUGGGGAGAGAUUUAUACAGUGCUCUUACACAGUUCUUUCAGAUAUACUGGGAGUAUCAGAAAAAUGAUUUCUAUGCCACAGGAGAGUCUUAUGCAGGGAAAUAUGUCCCAGCUAUUGGCUACUACAUCCACACGCAUAACCCCUCUGCUAAAGUCAAAAUCAACUUUAAAGGAGUCAUGAUUGGAGAUGGCCUCUGUGAUCCUGAAAUGAUGCUGGGUGGCUACGCUGAGUUCCUGUACCAGACUGGAAUUGUGGAUGAGAUGCAGAAACAGUUUGUCCAGCAGCAAACUGACCUGGGGGUGUCCUACAUCCAGCAGCAGAAGUGGGUGAAAGCCUUUGAAGUUUUUGAUAUCUUGCUAAAUGGAGACACUAUCCCAUACCCAUCCUUUUAUGAAAACGUUACAGGAUGUAAAAACUAUUUCAACUUCCUGCAGUGCCAGGAGCCUGAAGAUCAGGGGUAUUUUUCCCAGUUUUUAUCAUUGAUAGAAGUAAGGACAUCUAUCCACGUGGGGAAUCUGACCUUUCACGAUGGCUCUGAAGUGGAAAAGCACUUGCUGCAAGAUGUUAUGAAGACCAUAAAACCAUGGUUGGCAGUACUGAUGGAUAACUACCGUGUACUGAUGUACAGUGGGCAGCUCGAUGUUAUAGUAGCCGCCCCACUCACUGAGCGAUUUCUUCCUACUGUGCCGUGGUCAAAAGUGGAGGACUACAAGAAGGCCGCCCGGUUCUACUGGAAAGUCCGCCCCGGCGACCGAGAAGUUGCUGGCUAUGUCCGUCAAGUCGGAGAUUUCUGUCAGGUGAUUGUCCGUGGUGGGGGACACAUUUUACCUUACGAUCAGCCAGAAAGAUCUUUUGAUAUGAUUGACAGAUUUCUUUCAAUGAAAGGGUGGUAACCCAUUUCCUUUUUACACAUUGGGGGGUGAGGGGGGUGGAAGUAAUGUUCUGUUUUGAUUCCUCAGGAUUAUGUGAUCACCAAUUGUUGAUAAUUGAUUGUCUGUACUAAUUUAGAAUUGAAUGUAAAUGUUUUCAUACUGUAUACUCUAUCCUAUGGGUACAUUGUAACAAUUUACUACAGUAACAUAAUUUGCUUCAAUAAAGUUUGCAAAAAGUUG